AUGAGUGCAGAGGGGUCCCCGAGAGGCUCGUGGAGAGGUGGGAGCAGAGGAUGGAGAGGAUCUGGGGGUGGAAGCUGGAGAGGACAGGGAGGGUGGAGGAGAUCGUGGAGAGGUGGCUCAGCAGCGACAGGAGGAGGAGGAAACCGGGGAGGAGGGUCAGGAAACCCGGCUUUCAGCUCCCAGAGAGCGCCCAUCCAGACUACUCUCGAUGCUCUGUGUCCAUACAAGGGAUGGGCUCUGUACUUCACAGAAGGUUUCAUAGAGAGCUCGCCCAGCGUGGAGAAGAUCAAAGUGUUUGAGAAAUACUUCGUAUCUCGCAUCGACCUGUACGACAAAGACGAGAUCGAGCGUCAGGGCAGCGUUCUGGUGGACCACGCAGAUCUGACUGGGGACCAGCGUGUGCGUGAAGCGCUCCCUGACGUCGUGACAGACCUGCAGGAGCAGCCGGAGGUGAUGCUGAACUGCCUGGGCGUGGCCAUACAUCAGGUGCUGACCGCAGAUUUGGAAAAACAAGCCGCUGAGCUCCACGACGAGGAGCUUCCUGUCGCUACGCCAAUCAUCAACAUUCCUCAUAUCAGCGUGAGGUUGUACAACUACGAGCCGCUGACUGCGCUGCGGACGCUGCGGGCCAGCGUGUACGGCCGGCUGGUGUGCGUGAGGGGAACCGUGGUGAGAGUGAGCAGCAUCAGACCUCAGUGUACCAGGAUGGCGUUUAGGUGCCAGACCUGCGCAGGCACGCUGACCCUACCGCUGCAGCAUGGAAAAUAUGCAACACCCACCAAGUGUACCCAGCCUGGGUGUCGAGCUCGUUCCUUCAUCCCCCUUCGCAGUUCUCCUUUCACAAAAACAGUAGACUGGCAAAUCAUCAAGGUGCAGGAGUUGAUGGGCGGCGAGCAGAGGGAGACUGGACGAAUCCCUCGCACCGUGGAGUGUCACCUGACCUCUGACCUCUGCGACAGCUGCGUCCCUGGAGACACAGUCACUGUCACAGGGAUAGUCCGAGUCAUCAAUGACGGCAGUUCCAGAGGAAAUAAAGAUCAGUGCAUGUUUCUGCUCUACAUCGAAGCCACUUCAGUCAGUAACACUAAAGGUCAGCUGUCUAAAUCUGGAGGCGAGGGGUCUGGAGGAUCAAGAGAAGACCGGACUGGAGGAGAGGAGUUCAGUCUGAAGGAGCUCUAUGCCAUCCAGGAGAUCCAGGCGCAGCCAAACUUGCUUCGCCUUAUCGUACACUCUUUGUGUCCUGCCAUCUACGGCCAUCUGCUGGUGAAAGCUGCCCUUGCUUUAGCGUUGUUUGGAGGCAGACAGAAACACACAGACAAGAACAGUGUCCCAGUCAGAGGAGAUCCACACAUCCUGAUAGUGGGAGAUCCGGGACUGGGGAAGAGUCAGAUGUUACAGGCGGUGUGUAACGUGGCUCCCAGGGGAAUCUAUGUAUGUGGCAACAGCACCAGCACCACAGGCCUAACAGUGAGUUUGUCCAGAGAGGCAGGGACAGGAGAUUAUGCUCUGGAGGCCGGCGCCUUGGUGUUGGCUGAUCAAGGCCUGUGUUGCAUUGAUGAGUUUGAUAAGUUGGGGAACCAGCAGCAGGCUCUGUUGGAAGCCAUGGAGCAGCAGUCAGUGAGUCUGGCUAAAGCUGGGAUCGUCUCCUCUCUGCCUGCCAGAACAUCUGUUGUUGCUGCUGCUAACCCCGUUGGCGGCCACUACAACAGAGGGAAGACCGUCUCCGAAAAUCUAAAAAUGGGCUCGGCCCUCCUCUCCCGCUUCGAUGUCGUCUUCCUUCUUCUGGACAUCCCGGAUGAGUCACAUGACCGCCGGCUGUCAGAGCACGUCAUGGCAAACAGGGCGGGGAAAGGCAGAGCCAGCAGCGCUACGGUCUGCAGGACCAGCGAUGACAUGGAGACCUCCAUCCUGCUGCAACACUCGACCCUGCCGCUGUCUGAGCGCCUGCAGGUUCCUGCAAGCGAAUCGGUGGAUGUGAUUCCAGCGUGUUUGUUGAGGAAGUACAUCAGCUACGCUCGCCAGUACGUCCGACCCACGCUGUCUCCUGAAGCAGCCAAAACCCUCCAGGACUUCUAUCUGUCGCUGAGAUCCCAAGGCCACUCGGCCGACGCCACGCCCAUCACCACACGACAGCUGGAGUCCUUAAUAAGACUCACUGAGGCAAGAGCCAAGUUGGAGCUCAGAGAAGUGGCGACAAAAAGUGAUGCUGAGGAUGUGGUGGAAAUCAUGAAACACAGACCGCUGUCGCUGCCCGGAGGGCGAGGACUCAGCAGCAAGAAGACCGAGGAGGCGCCUGACAGCCCCGCAGCAGCGGACAAGGACACGGUACCGGGAGAGGGACUGUUCAAGUUCAAAGAGCUGUACGAGAACCCGUGGACCGUGCCCAACCUGCUGUGCGUGUGCCGCAUUCUGCUGGCCCCAUACCUGGGUUACCUGGUCACCCAGCAGCACUUUGACCUCAGCCUGGCUCUCUUCACCCUGGCUGGAGCCACCGACCUGUUGGACGGCUUCAUCGCCAGGACGUGGCCCACCCAGAAGUCGGCCCUGGGCAGCGCUCUCGACCCGCUGGCCGACAAGAUCCUCAUCAGUGUUUUAUACGUGAGUCUCACCUACGCCGAACUAAUCCCAGCUCCGCUCACGGCUCUGGUGAUCUUUCGAGACGUUGGUUUGAUAGCCGCCGUCUUCUGGGUCAGAUACAAGACUGUGCCUCCGCCGGUGACCCUCAGUAAGUUCUUUAACCCGUGCUACACUACAGCCCAGCUGAAACCCACCCUCUUCAGCAAGGUCAACACAGCCAUCCAGCUGUGCCUGGUGGCCGCCUCUCUGGCUGCUCCGGUCUUCCAGUUUGCCGACAGCGUCCUGCUGCAGUGUUUAUGGUAUGUAACAGCUGUGACCACAGCAGCAUCCGGAUACAGCUACUGGCAUUACGGCCGCAAGACUGUUCAGGUGCUGAACACCAGGUCUCCAUGACGCCCGCCACCACCCCCCGCCACG